AUGAGGCGACUAACUAAGGAAUCUGACCUGAAGGACCUUGAGGCAGAAGAUCAGUCCUCUUCCCCUCCUAUAAUCCUGGGUCUCCAUGUAGCAGAAGAUCAGUCCUCUCCCCCUUCUAUAACCCUGGGUCUCCAUGUAGCAGAAGAUCAGUCCUCUCCCCCUCCUAUAACCCUGGGUCUCCAUGUAGCAGAAGAUCAGUCCUCUCCCCCUCCUAUAACCCUGGGUCUCCAUGUAGCAGAAGAUCAGUCCUCUCCCCCUCCUAUAACCCUGGGUCUCCAUGUAGCAGAAGAUCAGUCCUCUCCCCCUCCUAUAACCCUGGGUCUCCAUGUAGCAGAAGAUCAGUCCUCUCCCCCUCCUAUAACCCUGGGUCUCCAUGUAGCAGAAGAUCAGUCCUCUCCCCCUCCUAUAACCCUGGGUCUCUAUGAAGCAGAAGAUCAGUCCUCUCCCCCUCCUAUAACCCUGGGUCUAUAUGUAGCAGAAGAUCAGUCCUCUCCCCCUCCUAUAACCCUGGGUCUCUAUGAAGCAGAAGAUCAGUCCUCUCCCCCUCCUAUAACCCUGGGUCUCUAUGAAGCAGAAGAUCAGUCCUCUCCCCCUCCUAUAACCCUGGGUCUCUAUGAAGCAGAAGAUCAGUCCUCUCCCCCUCCUAUAACCCUGGGUCUAUAUGUAGCAGAAGAUCAGUCCUCUCCCCCUCCUAUAACCCUGGGUCUCUAUGAAGCAGAAGAUCAGUCCUCUCCCCCUCCUUUAACCCUGGGUCUAUAUGUAGCAGAAGAUCAGUCCUCUCCCCCUCCUAUAAUCCUGGGUCUCCAUGUUACCGAUCACUCCUCUUCCCCUCCUCACACCUAG